AUGUCGCGCGAUAUCAGGCUGAAGGCACUGCAGAAGAUCGCUGCAUUGUCUGCCGCCAGCUCGACUACCUCUUUCGACAGAUCUGAUCUCGACAGAUUAUGCAAGGCGUGCCCCCCGCAUGGCAGAAGCUCUAAUGGCUAUUCUUCUAGUCAGGCUGUCGCUAUUGGACGGGUGCCAAUGACAAUCCGCGAAUUCGAAGUCCUUCUCGCCCUCUGCAAAGCCGCCCCGUCAAUCAAAACCAGCCAAAGUGCUCAGAAGCUGGCCAACCAACUUGUCCCCUAUAUACUCGAAGCUCACGUUCAGGCAUUUGUUCACUCGCCGUUCUUCAAGAAAAUCGAUCCCUCUCCUACCGAGGCCUUGGCAUUUCAUGUCACCGCAGCCCUGCUGUCUCUCGGCACAAAUUACGAUGCACUGGAGGAGGUAGUCUCGGACAGUCUCUGGGCGUUCAUUAAUUCUUGCAGUCAUGCUGCUGAAAACAUCGUACCUACGUCUGCGGAUCCUCCCGAAGGCCCAACUUUGGACAACGCCAUCCAGACGGCCACGAUUGCAAUCUCUUUGUUGGGUUUCCUGGAAGCUGCUGCAGCUCAGGCCGACUUCUGGCGUGCUGGAGGCAGACUAGCCUUGAUCCAAAGAGUAAAGGAACUCCUGUCUGAACCGUUCCUCAUCGCAGCUGAAACGGCCUUUUCCACGAUCCGCAAUGCGCACUCGCCAGAUCGCCACACGAAGGAGUGGAAGCGCACUCUUCGCCACUAUUCUGUCAUUGGCCGACCACUUGGCGCGAUGCUUCUGCAGAGGAGUUUCAUGUGGCUUCUUGUGGCUGCUACCUCACUUCUGACUACCGAUGCCACUACACUGAGAAGCACGCAUGUCCUUGAUGUCCACAUGUCGGGCACCAAGCAGCCCGAGCCUUCGCGUGCUGCCGAUGUCGAUAUACGAUCCCUGGACUGUUAUGCGAAUAUGGCAUUGAACCAGAUGGAUUACCUCGAAGCAAGUGCCGAUUUUGUGAGACUCGGAUCCGUGGGCGAGCAAGAGCUGGCUUUUGCUGUAAAAUCCGCUGCCCUGAUCAGCUAUCUCAAUUGCUCGCUUAUCAACGAAGACGUCGCUGAUUCUGACAAUGUUAUGUCUUGGCUUGAGGAGGCACUCGCCGACCCGCUCCAGAUGGCCGAUGAAACCUUGGCUUCGGUCGUGCUUCGGGCAAUGGCCAUUACAUGCAGAAUCACGCCGAGCUACGCCAAUACUGUCAGUCGUCUGCUGCCACGCUUCAUCGUACAGACGGCGCCUGAUUCGAAGACUGUCACCAUUGCGUCUAAGAGUUUGGCAUUUGUGCUUCGGAAGCUGUCACAGGAUGCCGUCAUCACAACACUCUACACCCUGGGUAAUGUUUUGAGCCCCGGCUCAGAUCGUGCGAUUGCCAACGGUACAAUGAACGACUUGAGCCAGGACGGGCCAACAUCCGUUUAUGCGGGACGGCAUUCCAUGGGAAGCAGUAUAUCUCUUCAAAUUACUGGUGAAGAAGAAACCGCCGUUGUCUGGGGCAAUGUGGUUCAAGCCGUCUGCGGCAUUGCGGCUGCAUGCAACGACCAAAAGAUUACCGCUCUCGCUCAGUCCAUGCUCCUACAGAAGAUCGACAAGAUCAGCCCUCGUGUCGAUGCUCAAAUCAUCAUUGGCGCCGCGGCACUGGCAUUGAAGGGGGGUCAACUUGAGUUCCGCUCUUUGUUGAAAAUGUACUCGAGAAUCUCCCACCUUGGAGUCUCCAGCGACAAGGGCUUCCUCCUGGAUGCUGUCAUGAAAGCUCGGGUGCAUCUUUCUACCCACCUCCGACGUGGAUCGCCGUUGUAUGACAUAUACUGGGAACACCUCUUGGAAAGCGUCAUCUCCAUUGGUGAUGUGCACAAAUCGCAAACGAAAGAUGCCGACCUUCAACUUGCGGCACAGGAGAUCGCGCAGCUACUGCGACCUCUCGCAGUCAUUAUGUCUGCAAACGAUCUCGCAUUCAAUAAUGCUACUGAUGAUGAGUCCCAUACUUUGAUCAGAGAUGCGUGGUUUAACCUUGUUGUCCAUGGAUUCACCGUUCAAUCAGACCUCGGAAUCCUGUACCAGGACGAGCUGCGACUCAUGGCCAUCCACUCUCCGCCACUUGUUGCUGAACAGAGAGGAGAGCAGAUCGAGAGUGACAUUGAGCUAAACACUGUGCUGCGCCGUGGCAUGAGCUCAGAGCGGGAGACAGCGAAGAGGAAGCAUCUGAGUGACUUGGUGCCCUUAAAGGAUCAGGAGAUCAAGGGCCUUAGCUAUCGGAAGGUCAUUUUCUUGCAGUCGGCGUACCUAGUGGAGAGCCUCCGAGCAGACUCUGGCGACUGCACGAAGGUACUCUCUUAUUUCCUGGAGCCCAGCAUGCGCCGCGGGGACGUCAGCAGCACGAUGGAGGGUAUUGCUACUGCGGUGCUUGAAAAGUAUCUGCGGAAGACCCUCGGGGGCCAAGACUCGAGCUUUUCGGCGCCCUUUGCGGCAUCACAACUCGCCGCGGUACUUUGCAAUUGCUGUCAUCGGAUCGAGCGUGUGCAGCAAGCGGCAUUUACUUACGCUGAUCGUAUCAUCAGAGAUGUUCCUUCAGCGCUUUGUCAUCGAACUUCACUCUUUGCUCUGUUGGAGCUCCUUUCCCUCAUGUGGACCAGCUGCCUUGAGGCCGAAACAGACCUGUACGCCCCCCGCUCCUGUUUUACUUCGACACUUGGCGGCGUCUCCGUCGAGGUCUCCGAUGACUAUGACUUCCGUCGUAAGACACUCGACAAUCUGCACCGCAGGGCCAAGGCUUGGGUUUCGGGAGUCAUUGGCCUUGCCCCAUUGGACGUAAAGGGCCAACUCCAGACAUACCUGUCAGAAUUCAAUGACGAGGGCGCAUACGGCCACAUUUCCCUAGGUCGCUCUUUUGCACUUGAAAUGUCCGCCGUCAUUCCCUCCACAGACCAGAGGUUGCAGUCCUUGGACUUGGUGGGAGCCUGCAACAUCAACACGGCUUCAGACUUUGUCGCACAAUACACGACGCGUCAAGAGUACCGCUACGGAGAAACACUCCCUGAUCGUGGCACUGAACUGGUGAGCUUCAUGCACUUGAACCGUAGGGCCUCCUUUGUGCAGUCCUCAGUGUCAUCCGCCUCAGAGAGCAACAAUGCGGCCACCGCCCUUGCCCAUGUCGAAGCACGGCUUCGGAGCAAGAAGUCGACUCCACUUUCCGAGGUUAGGGAUAUACUUCGACGAGCUGCCGCUUUGCUCUGUCGUAGCAGUCGCGAUGAGUCUGACGUCGUUCACUACUUGGUCAGCAUUCCCUUUGCUAUGUUUACAAAGGAAUCCACCAAACUCGGUGUCUCACUGUGGCUUGGUGUCAUGAACGAGAAUCCCCGACUCGAGCCCCGUCUUCUUUCUGAGAUUGCCCAGCAGUGGGAGCUUUCCAUUCAGCGAAGGCUCGGGCUCUUCAGUCGAACCGUAACUCAUCCUGACCCCUUCUUCCUGCGCGGGGAAUCGGCGCCAAGCGAUCUCGAAGGCAUUGCCAAACAGAGACACCACGUCCAUAACCUGUUGUCGCCGCACAUGCGCCUGAUGCAAUUUUUUGCCAGCCACUUCAACGCUACGCGCCUUGGCAGCCCCGAUGUCCAGAAGAUCUUCUUGCGAAUUCUCGAUAUCACUCUUGAUGCCAUUCUUACGGCAACACCGCACCCGGUGGCCCGCGAGCUGAGAUAUCAGAUUGUUCUUUUCGGAUUAAAGGUCGUCCGCGCCUGCACAACGAUUGGGGCAGUGGCCCUAGGGCGUCUGAAAGAAAAGUUGCUGUCAGCCGGACUGAGCUGGUUCAGGGCCGCGCCGCGUUGGUCCUUUGGCAGCAACAUCCUCCAGCUGAAGACUGAACUUCGACUGCUGUCUGACGUUGUCGUCUCCUUGAAGCAGGUCGAUGCUAUUGGCGCUCAGGCAGGAGGCAACCUCAAGUCCCUCAAGGCUAAGACGCAGCUACUGUUGCUACUUAUUGAGAAUGAGCACACCCGACUCUCUGUCUGGGUUCAUCCGCUUGAGCCACACAAAGCACACACCUUGAGCCAUGCUGCGCCGAAGACGGCGCUCGAGAACUCUUUGAUUCCUUUGGUCAGAACAGCAUGGGCAGAGGAUCCGUCUAUCGCCAUUGAACUAGUGUCAAGGUUUCAGAUUCCUCGUCUGCAUCAGGAAGUGCGCUGGCUUCUCCUCAAUUUUCCAGCCAAAGCGGUGUCUGAACCUGAGGCACUCCCUAUUCUCUUGGGUGGUACACUGCCGAAUGAUGUCAGCUUCCAGCUCAAGUACCUGCUUCUCUGGGCACCGGUGAACCCGAUCACGGCAGCCACCUAUUUUUCCCCUACCUAUCGCAGCAACCCAUACAUGACUCAGUACGCCAUGAAGGCACUUGAGUCUCACUCGAGCGAGGUUACCUUCUUUUACAUUCCUCAGAUUGUACAGGCACUUCGCUACGAUGCUCUGGGUUACGUCGAGCGGUAUAUUCUGGAGACUGCAAAGUUCUCUCAACUAUUCGCUCAUCAGAUCAUUUGGAAUAUGAAGGCAAACGCCUACAAGGACGACAGCGGCACCAUUCCUGAUGACAUCAAACCCACCCUAGACACGGUUCAAGAGAAGAUGGUGGCCAACUUCAGUGACGCUGACCGCGACUUUUACCUGCGCGAGUUUGCCUUCUUCGAUGAGGUGACCAGUAUAUCGGGCAAGCUUAAGCCAUUCAUCAGCCGGCCAAAGCCGGAGAAGGCGCAGAAGAUCGAAGAGGAGCUUCGCAAGAUCAAGGUAGACGUGGGCGUGUACUUGCCCAUCAGCUCAGAUGGCGUUGUUAUUGGCAUCGACCGCAAGUCGGGCAAACCCCUGCAGAGCCAUGCCAAGGCACCGUACAUGGCAACUUUCCGUGUCAAGAAAGCAAAGAAGUCCAUUGCCGUUGAUGGCGAAGAAAUGAUCGAAGAGGUCGGCAAGCAAGCUGCUCAACCUCAGGACAACCAGACAGUUGAAGUGUGGCAGUCGGUCAUUUUCAAGGUCGGCGACGAUUGUCGACAGGACGUUCUCGCGCUGCAGAUGAUCGCCGCAUUCCGAGGCAUUUUCCAAAGCGUGGGCCUCGACGUCUAUGUAUUCCCCAACCGCGUCACAGCGACGGCGCCGGGUUGCGGUGUCAUUGAGGUGCUCCCCAAUUCGGUGUCGCGCGACAUGCUUGGCCGCGAGGCGGUCAACGGCCUGUACGACUACUUCAUCUCCAAGUACGGCAACGAGGACUCGCUCCGCUACCAAAAGGCGCGCACCAACUUCGUCAAGAGCAUGGCGGCCUACUCAGUUAUCUCGUUCCUCCUACAGUUCAAGGACCGCCACAAUGGCAACAUUAUGAUCGACGACGCGGGCCACAUCCUGCACAUUGAUUUCGGCUUCUGCUUUGACAUUGCGCCUGGCGGCAUCAAAUUUGAACGUGCCCCCUUCAAGCUGACCACCGAGAUGAUGGCCGUCAUGGGCGGCGCCGACCACCAGGCCUUCAAGUGGUUCGAGGAACUGACGGUCAAGUCCUUCCUCGCAAGCCGGCAGUACUGCGAGAAGCUCAGCCAGAUCGUCCUGCUCAUGAUGGACAGCGGGCUGCCGUGCUUCAAGCCCGAGACGGUCAAGCACUUUAGGCAGCGGUUCGUGCUCGAGAAGAGCGAGCGGGAGGCGGCUGAGUUUAUGAAGGACCUCAUCAAGAAGAGCGCCGGCAGCUACUCGACGGGCGUAUACGACCAGUUCCAGCUGCUGACGAACGGAAUUCCCUACUAA